AUGGCUGAUCACUCCUCUGUUCCGUUUGAAAUCCACUCGAUAAUCCUUGACUUUUGCGGCUUCCCGGCGACACGAUCCUACUCCCUCGUUGCAAAAGCGACCACGUCCGCCGUUCAACGACACCUCUACCGUGAGCUGCACCUCGGUCCAGCCGGUCACGUCACCCAGUGGGCCUGUACGACCAUUCAGCACCUCCUCCGGACCCUUGUCCGACGUCCAGAUCUAGUAGCAGUGGUGAAAAGCGUUCACCUCGAUGUCCACGAUGCCUGCAACUUUACGGAGGAGGCGAGAUACCUUGAGAAAGUCGGCGUAGAACGCGCAGACUCCGACCUCACCAGCCUGGCAAGAGCCGUCGUGGAAGAUCUGGACCUCCCGAAUUCUCGCUCAUGGGACGUAAAACUGCGCCACACCUCCCUUGACCCUUGGAUUGCUGUCCUCCUUGCCCGACUCACCUCGAUGGAGUCUCUCAGAUUGGGACCGGCACUGCUACGCAGAGCAACGUUCCUCGGCUCCAUAUUUCAGCACCUAAUUCAGGAACGCCCAGGUCACUUCUCACGCCUCCAAUCCGUCAGUCUAGGGGCAGCGGAUGCGGGGUAUAAAGUCGCGGGCCUGAACUACGGUCCUGAAAUCUAUAUGCCUUUUCAACCACCUCCCUUGGAGACUUUGAGAUGA